UGUAUUUUUUUAUAUUUAGUGAUUCAGGGGAAAUAAAUAAAUAAAAUGUACAUUAAAGCAAUGUCAGAUUGUCUUCUAUUGAUAGUUAACGCGUAUGCAGGAAGUAAAGCAUAAAUCGAAAAUUUGGAACAGACUCAGAGCAUACUUAAUGGCGCCCCGCGCCGCCACUUCUAUUUCUGUAUGUUGUGCAGUCCACAGUAUCCGCCUUCGCCUCCUGUUGUCUCUGUCUAACAGCGCAGCAUCCCUGUCGUCUCGUUCCCUAUUCCCGCAUACAAUAUGUACCAAAAUGCUGGCUAUCUGCGUAUCUCCCACCACUACUCACGAUGUUUUGCGAUCGCUCCCGAAUCCUAGACGAAGUUUCAUAUCCCGUCCUAAAUUCAGUAACCUAUCGUGAACCGCGUCAAAUCUUUGCAGUCAUUUACUAAUUACGCCAUUGUUUAUUUACAAGUUUGUUAAGUGUAUUGUUAUGCUUAUUCGUGUUUUAGCGUGAACUGUUCACGUAUUAUUCGCUUAGUUAUGUACUCUCUUAUCUAUUGCUUUAAUGACAUUCGUCACAAAUAAGUUACAUUCGUUUGUCGCUCGUGGAGUUCAUAGUACGUCGUCGUGUUUCGCUGUUUGCUUAUAAUCAAAGUUUUUGUUUUGUGAAAUGUGCCUUUAAUAUUAUUGUGUAGUUAUAUAAUUAGAAAUUCGGAAACAAUGGCAACAUUACCGAGGAUGCAUAAUUCUAAACAGAGCUCGGGGAUAUCAUCUCCUUUCAGCACUAGUCCGCGAAAACUGCAAGAAAUGGCGUUACCUGCAGCGGAAGGACACGAUGUCACUAAUGCAAGCGGUGUUAGCAUGAAACAAUACGAGGAACAAUUAAAUGGAUUGAGGAAAGAAAAUUUUCAUCUUAAACUGAGGAUAUAUUUUCUAGAAGAGAAGUUGGGCAGUGGUUCCCCACCAGCUGUACAGGGCUUAUUGGAACACAAUGUGAGACUUCAAGUGGAAGUAGAAGAACUUAGAAGGCAACUAUCUGAUAAACAAGAACUGCUUGCUGCAGCUGCUGAGGCUAUUGAUGUUCUUGAACAACAGGGCUCAAUAUCAACUGAUAGUGUAGAAAUAUCGAUAAAUAAUAGUAAUACAGUUAAGAAAGAAAUCACGACACAUGAUCAGGACCCCGAGAAAAAAGAGAUGACUGUUGAUGACACAUGUGCAGAAUCUGAAUCAGCUGGUGAUUAUCUGGCUGUGACGGUGAAUAAUGACGAUUUGGAUGAAUUGAUGAAGCUUCGCAGAGAAAACAAAAAAGCCUUACAAAUGAUUAAAGGCUGUAUGAAGAAAAUUCAACAACAAGAUAAGGAAAUCAAGAAAGUUAAAUUGGACAAAGAAUUAGUGUAUGCGCACGUGAGCGACUCACAAUUGGAAAAAUACGAAGAGAUUUUGAAAUGUAAAGAUGAACACAUCAAGGAUUUAGAAAACAAAGUCAGAGAUUUGCAGAAACAUUUCGAGAAAGUUCAAAACGUCGAUGCUGGGAAUCUCCAACAACUACUGACGCGGCGCCUUCAGGGAUUAGCCUACUUUCUCGAUAAGUUGCUAUCACACAAGUGCGUUCUCGGUGAGGAUAAGAAGAAACUGGCCGAAAGCAUCUUAGAGCAAAGCCUCGCUCUACCUGUAGGUUUGGAGUUAGAUGAGUCUAUGGCACCAGAAGAAUUUACAAUGGAUGAGAGUAAUCUUGAUAUAUCACAAUCAUUGAGAAUGGAAGAUUUGACCAUGAUGUUUGGACACCAUGUUAUCAGUGAUGACAACAGGUACUCAGUACAUAAGAAAUCUCUCAUGAAACACUUCCCACAAGCUGAUAUAAUAUCAGAGUCUGAAUGCUGGUCGGAGCCAGACAGAAACGUUUCCUUGGCUCGUGUUGGCUUGUGCGACACUGGCGUCGGGUUACACGAAUCAAGUUCAGACAACAAUAAACUCCGCUCAAGACGUGCUCGAGUUUCCUAUGGUUCCCGCUCAGAAGACAACAAGCUUUCCAACGAAGCCUUACUUGAGGAACUGAACCAUAUCUCGAAACGAAGCGAACAUUUGGAAUUAGAAAAUAAUGACUUAAAUAGUAAACUCGAGUUUUCAAAGGAACAAAUAAAUGAUCUGAUAACUGAAAAUAACGAAUUAAAAGAAACUUUACUGUCUGAACAGGAGAAUUUGAUUGAAGCUAAUAAAACUAUAGAAACACUAAAGACUACAGUAGUCACUCUUGAAAACCGUGUUAAAGAUGUAGAGCAAAAGCUAUUAGAUUCCACUCAAACGGCUGAACGAUUGCGUACGGAGAGGCAAGAGUUGGAAGCGACAUUCAUGGAAACAGAGCGUUCUUUGAGACGCGCUGCAGAUGAAGCUACAGUUCAAGCCUCGCAAGCCGCGCUAGAGCGAGCUCGAGCUCAACAUGACAGACUACGUAUUGAACGAGAACUAGAAGAGACGAGAGAAAAGUUAUCGAAUGCACUAGACGCGAAUUCUCAACUUGAAAUAGAAGUCACACGCAAAAUGGCUCUGGACGCCAAUAACAAAAUAGCUAUUGUUCACGAAGGUCUUCAUUCCGAAGAAGACCGGCCUACGUCGCCUGAUCAAGGUAUCGAUAGUGAUCGAUUAUCAAGUUUAGAACAAAACGAUGCCGUCGCAUUAUCUCCACGAUCAUUAUAUGAGGAAAAUGUUACUCUGAAGCAGAAGCUGGCCAGGACCAAAGCAACACUUGCAGAAACUUUAAUGCAAUUAAAUGCAGCCAACAUGCGCAAGAGAAGCGUUCAGCGCGCCAUCUGUAGAGAGAUUCAUAAGACUCAAGGAGUGUUACGCAAAGCUCGUGACCAGUUUGAAAAUCCAAAUUAAUUACUAAAUAAGCCCAAAUGAUGGUGUGUUAGUGAAUGAAUUAUGAAUGUCACCAAGUUUGUUGUCCUUUGAAGUAUAGGGAAGUUACAUAAUGAAAGAAAUAUAUUCCGAAGCGAUUCAUGGACUUUAUUCGAACAAUUCAAUCUUCAGAGAUCUUUAUAAUCUCUGUUUGGUGCUGCUACUAAAAAACUAAACUAUUUGUAAUAUAAAACUAAAUUAAGCAUUCUAGUAAGUUAAUAUUAUUGUAGUCAUUCCUACAACCAUCAUCCCUGUGAUUAGAAUUACGUUUUGGUCCUAUAAGCUGAAAUGUGUAUUAUUUUUUCAUUUUUAGUUGUGUAAAUUAUUUACCGAUUUUGGUUUACUAUUAUGUCUAAUAAUAAUAUUAAUUUGAAUAAAAAUCUAAUCUGACUUCA